AUGUACCGCUAUCAGCUGUCAUGCGACGCGGACCGCUGCGAUGUCGAGUCGACAAGCAUGGGAGGUUCAGAGGUAAAGGCAGCCUUUGAGGCGAUGCGAAGCAAUGAGACCUUGGACUACCUUGGACUCCUUGGUCGGUCGCAGCCUAGCGAGCUGCCAGAGGGAUCUGCUCAGCAUGGUGGCCGCAAGCCACUUGGAGCCGCCCAUCUCAACGAGUUCCUGCCGAGUCCAGCGCACAAUGUCAGUGCCACUGAGAACAAGAAGUGCUUGCCACUUGAUCCACUUGCACAGAUUGCAGAGUUUCGGCGAUUGGGAUGCAGCUACGCUUUUGAGCGCUUCCCUUGGA